AUGUCGACACUCCCUCUUCACAAAGAAGAUGCCUUUGAAGGCUCAGAAAAGCCCCGUUGGGCCGACCCCCGUCCACGACCUAGUCGGAACACCAUGAUAUGGCGCUAUUGUGUUGUUAUCAGCUUCCUGGUCUGCUACUACCUGCUCCUGAGACCGACUGAAGCGCCGUGCAUGUCGCUCAACUGCAGUCACAAAUGCGAUGCUACUGCAUGUACUGCACCGGAUGCUUCCAUGGAGACUUUCAGCUCCCUCGAUUCGGACCAGUCGCAAAAUGAGAAUAUCGAACAGGACCAGCAUUACAAACAACCCUCAGCGAGCCAGCGCCCUCUUGUCAUCUCAACAGAACUUGUGGAGAAUAGGAUUCCGCUUGAAGCACAUAUCAUGAGCAAGUGUCCCGAUGCCAAGGAUUGUCUACAAAAGUUGGUGCUGCCAGCUAUGGAGCAAGUCAGUGAUAAGGUUGACUUCAAGCUCUCCUUUAUUGCUAGUGUAUCCAAAGAGUCAUCCGAGAUUGAGUGUAUGCAUGGUCCUGGCGAAUGCAUUGGUGAUAUGCUCAUUCUAUGCGCUGCCAACCUUCCCUUCCCUCCGGCGGCCGAUGAAUCACUUCUACCGAUCUCAUACCCCCGUACACCCAUCAUUCGAUCUUUGGGCUUCGCAAACUGUCUCAUCAACGGCUACAAAUAUAUCCCGGAUCGCUCAUUUAUCCACGAGUGUGCGAUGGAGCACGGUAUCGAUUUCGAUGCCUUGAAUAGAUGUGCCAGUCAACAAGACGAUAACCCUAGCGGCGGUGGACAAGGAGACUCACCCCUAAGUGGUGUCGUACUGCUGCGAGAAUCUGCCCUUCACAGCCAGGAUCUCGGCGUUAGAACCAGCUGUACUGUGCGACUAGACGAAUCGGUCUGGUGUGUUCGUGACGGCGGCGAGUGGAAAGAUUGUGCUCAGAAUGGCGAUGGCGCUAACCCCCAGACGCUUAUCGAUCAAGUCAAUAAGCUGUGGGAAGAGCGAAACUAA